UUCCCAAAAUCCCCUCCCAAGAAUACCAAUUAUGUAUUCAUUUUCUUUCUUGGCAGCAGCUACCAAGAAGCACAUUCCAAGCUUAAGAAAGGGGGCAGCUUUUGAGAUAUAAGGAGGAAAACCCAACAAGGAAAUAGACAGUUAGUGGUUCUUCUCUUUCUUCUUCUCUUAUCCUCUCUCUCUCUCUCUCCAUGGCACCUUUCAUGCUUGUAUUCCACGACAAACGGGUUGAAACUCGGUUUGUGAUGCCUUAGAGCUACUAAGAUAUCCUCUUCUCUUUUGGGAUACCUAAGUUGAGAGUUUUUCCUGUGUGGGGCUUGUUCGUGCUUAAUUUAUGAUGGAGUGGAGUUGCGAUCCUAAUGAUCGGGUAGCUGGUUUGAAGAUCAUCGAGGACUUGACGCAGAGUGCAGGCCAAGUUCAGAGAAGGGUGCUAGACGAGAUCUUGAGGAGGAACUCCGAGACUGAGUAUCUGAAAGGAUUUAUACAAGGUGAUUUAGGGAGAGAGACAUUCAAGAAGAAGGUGCCGGUUGUGAAUUACGAAGAUGUCAAGCCUUACAUCGAGCGUAUAGCCAAUGGAGAGCCUUCUCAGAUCAUUUCUGGACAACCCAUCUCCGAAUUGCUCACAAGUUCAGGAACAUCCGGAGGUCAUCCUAAGAUGAUGCCAUCAACAAUUGAAGAUUUAGAUAGGAAAACCUUCUUGUAUAACCUUUUAGUACCUGUGAUGAACCAAUAUGUUGAUGGCUUGGACCAAGGAAAAGGCAUGUACCUCCUCUUUGUGAAGCAAGAAAUAACCACUGCGUCUGGUUUAACGGCAAGACCGGUCUUAACCAGCUAUUACAAGAGCAAAAACUUCAGAAACAGGGCCUUCAAUGGAUACAAUGUAUACACAAGCCCUGAUGAGACCAUCCUUUGCACUGAUAGUAAACAGAGCAUGUUUUGCCAAUUGAUUUGUGGGUUAGUCCAAAGAGACCAAGUUCUGAGAGUUGGAGCUGUUUUUGCUUCAGCUUUUCUUCGUGCCAUUAAAUUCUUAGAGGAUCACUGGGAAGAGCUCUCUUCCAAUAUAAGAACAGGCAUUAUCAGUGAAUGGGUCACUGAUAGUUCUUGUCGAGAAGCUACAAUGAAAAUCCUUGAAAAACCAAAGCCCGAACUUGCUGAUUUAAUAGAAUCAGUUUGCAGUUCUAAAUCAUGGGAGGGUAUAAUCAAGAAGUUAUGGCCAAAGACCAAGUACGUCGAUGUUAUAGUUACAGGAUCCAUGGCACAAUAUAUAUCAACCUUGGAUUUUUAUAGUGGGAGUCUUCCUCUGGUUUCGACUAUGUAUGCCUCAUCAGAGUGCUAUUUUGGGCUCAACCUCAAGCCUUUGAGCAAACCAUCUGAUGUCUCGUAUAUUCUUAUACCCAAUAUGGCCUAUUUUGAGUUUAUUCCAGUGAAUAAGGGUCUUGAGGAAGAAAGAAUUGACAGAGAUGUUCACUGUAAUGGGAAUACUGAUAAAAUUUGUAUGGAACCAGAGCCAGUGGAUCUUGUAGAUGUCAAGGUUGGCGACCAUUAUGAGCUUGUGGUCACCACUUUUACAGGAGGUUACUCAUCUCAUUGGGAUAACAACACGCAAGCUAAUUAUCACCAUUGUGGCCUAUACAGAUACAGUGUAGGAGACAUCCUCCUGGUGACUGGUUUCCACAACCAAGCUCCACAAUUCAAAUUUGUACACCGAAGAAACGUGGUCUUAAGCAUCGACACUGACAAAACCAAUGAGGAAGACCUUUUGAGAGCCAUAACCAAAGCCAAGCUCUUGGUUGAGCCAUUAGGCUGCCUCGUAACUGAGUACACAAGCUAUGCUGAUACUUCCUCUAUACCGGGCCAUUAUGUACUCUUUUGGGAGCUUCAAACCAGGGGAAAAAAUCCAUUGACAGAGCUUGAGAGCUCUGUAAUGGAGGAUUGUUGCUCUAAUGUGGAAGAAGAGCUUGACUCUGUGUAUAGAAGGUGUAGGAGCAAGGAUAAAUCAAUUGGGCCACUGGAGAUCAGGGUAGUGAAACAGGGUACCUUUGAUGCUCUUAUGGACUUCUGUGUUUCUCAGGGAUCAUCAGUGAACCAGUAUAAGACACCAAGGUGUAUUAAGUCUGAGGAAGCUCUGCAGAUUCUGAAGUCAAGAGUUUUAUGGAGCUUUUUCAGCAAGAAAAUGCCGAGUUGGGUGCCUUAUAGACUGAUCCAGCAUUAAUGGGGGCUGAUUUUCGCGGCACUUUUUCAGGUUUACCGGCUGUUUUUGGCUGGAAAUUGAUCGGAACCGGUUUGUGGAUUUACUUUUCCAGUAAGCGAACCGGUGGGGCUGGUCUUGUGUAGCUGGACAUUGACUUGUAAAAGCCGUUCUCUUUAUUUUUUUCCCUUUUUUUUCUUAGAUUUUUCUUAGUUUCUUCUUUCUAUUGUCAGCAUUUUCUUUUUAUUCAGUUUUAAAACUUUAUUGUAUGCUAGAUUUUUAAAGGCAAUUCAGGGAUUCC